GCAGAGAAGGGAAUGUUACUCGUUGAUCAUGUGAACACAAUGUUUAUUUUUAUAUUUUAAAUGUAAAGUUCUCGAGGAAGUUGACUACACUGUGACUACAAGGAUCGCUAACAAAAUAAUUUACUAAUUUUAAUCAAAAAUAUGUUUGGUGAUUAGAAUUCUAACAUAAGCAGUCUAAGACAUUCCACAGCAAUGGCAGACUUCUUGGCAGAAAAUAACCAAUGUGGACAAAAUAUUUUACGUCUGGUUUCUCGCGGGAAUGCAAUCAUCGCAGAACUGUUGAGGCUUGCAGAUUUUGUUCCUCCUGUUUUCCGUUUAGAAAAUCAGGCAGACAAAUUCCGAUAUGGGGAAAUUAUAGCAGACUUCAGCUAUUUCAACAGUACUGAGCUAUUUGACAGUAGAAUUGAAUCAAAAGUUGAGCUUCAAGAUUUAGAUGAAGAGUUUAGAGAGAAUAAUAUAGAAAUUCUUACACGUUUCUACCAGGCAUUUUCUAGUGUCCAUAAAUAUGUAACAGAUCUCAACAGAUUUUUAGAGGACUUGGAAGAAGGAGUCUACAUACAGCAGACAAUGGAAUCUGUUCUUUUAAAUGAGGAUGGAAAACAGCUAAUGUGUGAAGCCUUGUUUCUCUACGGAGUUAUGUUGCUUGUUAUAGACACCAGAAUUGAUGGUGUGAUUCGAGAGAGAAUUCUAGUUUCUUAUUACAGAUAUAGUGCCCAGAAAGCUGCAGCUGGAGACUCCAACAUUGAUGACGUUUGUAAACUGCUCAGGAGCUCAGGUUUCUCAAACACACCUGGAGCCAAAAGGCCACAAAACUACCCAGAGUCCUUUUUUAACCGGGUCCCUAUCAACAAGGAGUACAUAGACAUGGUGAUUGGCCGGCUGAGGUCAGAUGACAUCUACAACCAGAUUGCAGCCUAUCCCCAGCCAGAGCACCGCAGCACGGCCCUGGCCACCCAGGCCAGCAUGCUGUAUGUCAUCCUGUACUUCCAGCCGGACAUUCUCCACACCCAGCAGGCCAAGAUGAGAGAAAUUGUCGACAAACAUUUCCCUGACAACUGGGUUGUCAGUGUGUACAUGGGGAUGACCGUGAACUUACUUGAUGCCUGGUACCCCUACAAAGCUGCCAUGACUGCACUUAACAAUACUUUAUCAGUGACCAACAUCAGAGAACAGUCAGUUAAGUAUGCCCAGAAGGUGGAGCGCCUACAGCCUGUGCUGUCCAAGUACCUGAAGGAAGGUGUUCUGAAAGAAGAGUUUGUGUUGGAUUCUAUCCAGAAGCUCAUGAAUGUGUUGAGGGAGGGAAAUGUUACUCUGCGCUGGCUCAUGCUCCAUUCUGCUGCUCUUUCUCCAAGUUUUAACCAACCAGGUGCUGAACUGAACAAAAGAAUCAAACAAAUCAGGGACCAAGUUUUAUCAGAUUGUAAAUUCAACGCCCUCACAGUUUUUGAACUUCUUCUAAAUAUAGCACAGUUUGAGUUCAGACUAAAGGAACUGUUUAAACAAAUGUUGGCUGAAAAGGAAGUCAAGUGGGAACAGUACAAGAAGGAGGGGGCAGAGAGGAUGCAGGAGUUGAGUGAGGUGUAUUCUGGGACAAAACCACUCACCAGAGUAGAGAAAAAUGAUAAUCUACAAGCGUGGUUUGCUGAGAUGAGCAAACAAAUAAAUUCUUUAGGCUAUGAUGAUUCUACAUCUGCAGGACGUAAAAUAGUUCAACUUAUUCAAGCCUUAGAGGAGGUGCAAGAGUUCCACCAGUUAGAAAGUAAUCUUCAAGUCCGACAGUUUUUAGCAGACACUAGGAAGUACCUCCAUCAAAUGAUACGUACAAUUAAUAUAAAGGAGGAAGUUUUGAUAACAAUUCAUAUUGUUGCAGACCUUUCAUAUGCUUGGAAUAUCAUGGAUAGCUACACAAUUUACAUGCAGCAAGGUAUUAAAAAAGACCCAACUCUUGUAAUCAAGCUGAGAGCAACAUUUCUUAAAAUGGCAUCUGCCCUUGACCUUCCUCUGUUGAGAAUCAAUCAAGCCAACAGCCAAGAUCUCAUGAGCGUGUCGCAAUAUUACUCGGGGGAGCUGGUUGCCUAUGUUCGGAAAGUUCUUCAGAUCAUACCCCAAACCAUGUUUAGUCUACUGGCAAAAAUCAUUCAGCUACUGACCACAUCCAUCAAAGAAGUCCCAACCAGGCUUGAGAAAGACAAAAUGAAGGAAUAUGCUCAGUUAGAUGAAAGAUAUGAGGUGGCCAAGCUGACUCAUGCUAUAUCUGUGUUUACUGAGGGAAUCUUGAUGAUGAAAACAACACUUGUUGGUAUAAUAAAAAUUGACCCUAAACAACUGCUAGAGGAUGGCAUCAGGAAGGAAUUAGUACAACAGGUGUCACAAGCUCUCCACACUGGGAUCAUGUUCAACACUAGGGCAAAGGUCAGUGAACUGCUACCCAAGCUUCACACACUUGGGGACCAGAUGGAUGGCUUUAGGAGGUCGUUUGAGUACAUUCAAGAUUAUGUCAACAUCUACGGCCUGAAAAUUUGGCAAGAGGAAGUUUCCAGAAUAAUCAACUACAAUGUGGAGCAAGAGUGCAACAGCUUUCUCAGGACUAAGGUGCAAGAUUGGGAAAGUGUGUAUCAGUCAACAGCCAUUCCAAUCCCACGAUUCCCUCAAGUAGACGAAAGUGUCAACUUCAUUGGUAGACUGGCCAGGGAAAUUUUACGCAUCACUGAUCCAAAAACCACAUUGUAUAUGGACCAGAUGAAGGCCUGGUACGACAUGAAGACUAAACAGGAAAUAACAAACAAGACUCUAUUUGAAAAGAUUCAUAGGGCAGUUGGAAGUUUUGGACUGUCCGGGCUAGACAGGCUGUUUUGUUUUAUGAUAGUCAAGGAGCUCCAGACCUUCCAGCUCUCUCUACAACGUUCAGUGCUGAAGGAUAAAAACUGGACAGAUUAUUUCAACCAGACUACACGGGCGCUUAACCCACUGCAGGGGAUUAUAGGCCAACCCCAAAAGUUUUAUCCAGCAGCCAUCUCUAAGACCAGCAAGCUUUUGGCUCCCUUCAUGGACAUUAUACUCAGGGUUGGACAAAUGCAGCUCCUCAGGCGCCAGAUUGCCUAUGAGCUAAAUACAUCUUGUAAAUUUGACUCAAAAUUCCUGGCAAGUUCCUUGCAGACAUUGAACAAUGCUUUGAUGGCCAACAUAGAAGAGCACUACCAGGACCCUAGCAAGCCCUACCCUAAGGAAGAGAACCCACUGUUGUAUGAGCUCUCUAGUUACCUGGAGGCCUCAGGUUUUCAUAACCCCCUGAGAAAGAUUUACAUUACUCCUCCGAGAUUGCCUUACUUCCCUUUGUUUACAUUUCUGAUGGCUAUAGCCCAUCUGGGCAAACUCACUUAUGCCAAAAAUAUUGAUUCCCUGACAUGUAAGAAACCAACUGACCCACUGGAUGCUCCCCCUUUUGUUGUUGGGUUGUACACCUUGCUCAAGCAGUCACACAGUGACAUCAUCAACAUAUUCCUUGGCUUUCUGGGUCAAUAUGUGCGCUCCGUGGUGGACGCCAUUAACAGUGUAAAAGAUCCAACAAUGUCACCAGAUGUGCUCAACGCUCUUGUGUUUCUGGAGGAUUUUAUUUUCUACAGUGGUCUGUCUAGGAAGCUUGUAGAAUCGUUUGUACCCAGCUACAUUUUUGAUGAAUUUAGAGGUCAGUUUGUUCAAGGGCAGUAAUUCCCGCUUGUCCUGAUUGGAGAGAGUAGCUGUUCUUUAUUGUAAGCAGACUUGAACAUAUUGUGAACAUAUAAAUAUAAAAUUAUCUUCCCAUGUACAGUUGUUAAGUUUCCUUAACAGAUCUAAUGAUUAGAUCUAAUGAUAAUGAAUUGUUUUUGCUGACCUAGAGAAUUUAAACAGAUAUUUCAACUUAUAAAGUAAAUAAGGAAGUGUUUUGAGAUUAAUUAAAAAUUCUUUUUUCCCCCAUUUUCAUCUGUAUUAUGAACAGCUUAGAAGAACAUAUGUAUUUCAAGCUAUGAAUUUUAUCCCAACUUUUCAAAUGCAACAUGUUAAUGCCAUGAAUGUUUAGAUUUUCAGGUGUUAAUUUUAAAGUGUUAAUGCAUAAUAUUUUUUUUUUACCUCUGCAUUUGUUCUAUAAUAUAAAUUUUAGUGUAUAAAUUAGGGAAAAUUUACCAUUUGUUUCAUUUUCCAUAUGAUAUACAAAACGUUGUUUUUCACAUUGUGAUAAGACUGUGAAUUAUUAUUUUAAAAUAUUUUCAUUUUAUUAUAAAAUAGAGGCUAAACUU